UGGGGAGGCGGAGCCGUCAUGAAGCCCAACUUCUCUCUGCGACUGAGGGUCUUUAACCUCAAUUGCUGGGGCAUUCCCUAUGUGAGCAAGAACCGGGCCGACCGCAUGAAGCGCCUGGGAGACUUUCUGAACACGGAGGGCUUCGACCUGGCUCUACUGGAGGAGGUGUGGAGUGAGCAGGACUUCCAGUACCUGAGACAGAAGCUGUCACCCACUUACCCAGCUGCACACUACUUCAGGAGUGGAAUCAUUGGCAGUGGACUCUGUGUCUUCUCCAAACACCCAAUCCAGGAGCUCACUCAGCAUGUCUACACCCUCAAUGGCUACCCCUACAUGGUCCAUCAUGGCGACUGGUUCUGCGGGAAGGCUGUGGGGCUGCUGGUGCUGCAUCUGAGCGGACUGGUGCUCAAUGCCUAUGUGACCCACCUCCAUGCCGAGUACAACCGACGGAAGGACAUCUACUUAGCACAUCGUGUGGCCCAAGCUUGGGAGCUGGCCCAGUUCAUCCACCACACAUCCAAGAAGGCCGACGUGGUACUGCUGUGCGGGGACCUCAACAUGCACCCGGAAGACCUGGGCUCCUGCCUGCUGAAGGAGAUGACAGGGCUGCAUGAUGCCUAUCUCGAGACCCGGGACUUCAAGGGCUCUGAAGAUGGUAACACGAUGGUAUCCAAGAACUGCUACGUCAGCCAGCGGGAGCUGGAGCCGUUCCUCUCCGGCAUCCGCAUUGACUAUGUGCUGUACAAGGCGGUCUCUGGGUUCUACAUCUCCUGUAAGACUCUAGAAACCACCUCAGGCCACGCCCCUCACAGCGGCAGCCCGCUUUCUGACCAUGAAGCCCUGAUGGCUACUCUGUGUGUGAGGCACAGCCCUCUCCUGCAGAGCUCCAGCUUUGCACAGGGACCAGCGGAGAAGUCACUGUUGCUAAGUGUGCUGACAGAGGCCCGGAUGGAGCUGGGCCAGGGCUUGGCUCAUGCUCGCUGGUGGGCUACCUUUGCGGGCUCUGUGGUUGGUCUGGGGCUGCUGCUCCUGGCGGUGCUGUGCAUCCUGGUGGCUGGAGGAGGCGCCAGGGAAGCUUCUGCACUGCUCUGGCUCCCAGUGGGACUGGUGCUGGGGGCGGGUGCAGCCUACAUCUUCCACACACAGGAGGCCAAUGGCUUGUCCAGGGCCCAGGCUGAGCUCCAGCAUGUGCUGGGCAGGGCAAAGGAGUACCAGGACCUGGGUGCAGAGCCCCAGCCAGCCCUGCUCCGGGGUCAGCAGGCGUGGGACAGAGCCGAGGAGCAAUAAAGUGUGGCAUUUUCAUG